UCUUUUUUUCCCCCUGCCAGUUUACUUGCGAUCGCCAUAUUGGGUGCUCGCCUACUCGAAUGACUUGCCCGUUUUCCACGGAAUUACUACGGGAUCGCCGUUUUCAUGACUCGUUCGCCGCGCGAGUUCGCCUUUCCGCGUUUGUUAUGCGUGCGCCCUGCGCCUCGCUCCGCGUUCUCGGGAGAGAUUGCUCUUAGUUAGGCUCGACUGCGAUUCUCGGACUAACUUUUCACGUGCGAAAUGUCAAAAGUGCGCGUCUCCAAUGGAAGUCCGACGCUGGAGCGGGUGGACCCCAGGCAGGCGGAUCACGGCAAGCCGCCGGUCUGUCGAAGUCUCUUCGGCGCCGUGGACCGGGAACACUUCGCCAAAGAUGUCCGGGAGCAAAUGCGGGAGAUCGAGAGAGCGUCCGCGGAAAAGUGGAAUUACGAUUUCGCCGAAAACCGACCGCUCGCUCCGGGCGACUACGACUGGCAAGAGGUGGACGCCGACGAGGUGCCGGACUUUUACACAAGACCCCCUCGCGUAAAACGGGCCGCCUCGGCCGGGACUGUGGAUCAUAACGGGAACCACGAUUGUUUCUUGACGGCUCCGAUAGCGGGGAACUCUGAACGCGCGGACGCCGGGAGCCGCUCGCUCAGCACGCCGAGGAAACGACCGUCGACGGAGGAUCAGGAUCUUCCUCGCCAAAGCAAAAGACCCAGCGUCCCCGCGAGCGACGCAGACCCCUGUCCGGACGCGACGAGUUCGCUCGAGCGCGAACCGGACCCCAAAACGUAAACGAGAUACGCCGAGAAGCCCACUCUCACCAUCGAGUACUUCACCAGGACAGACGGACGGACGGCGGACGAAAAUGACAAAUCGAGCCUCGGAGAGGCUGUAUAAGCACUGAAUUUUUACACUAAACUUUUGGCACUCGACAGAUUUUAUAUUUGCCUCAAAAGCAGACAAUGUAGCAGUGUGCAAUUGGAGUUGCUUCGUUUCUUCUUUUACUACCUAUGUAUAUAUUUUCCUUUUACAUGUAGCACGUUUCCGUUUGAUGUUCACGUUGAAGCAAAACGCGAUCGUGCACCAAUCGACCGCGUCUGACUUGAAGAAUUGCUGUGCGCUUUUUCAAACGCAUCCCCCAAAUGAACCGUUUUAACUACAUGUAUCCUAAGGAUGGACGGACGGACACACAGAGACACACACACCGUUUCUCUUUAAUUAGGUGCAUCUUUCCACUCGUCUCCAUUUUGCCUGGCUCACAAAAUACACCCUUCACUGCUCAACGUUUGCCCGUUUUUAACUUGCACAAAUGUCAUCGUCUAAACAUUAAACAUUAAACUAAACAUACUUUUCUUCUCACCUAGCUACAUUAAACCGCUUUGAUCGUUGCAUUAAUACGACUCGUGUUUAUUGGUACUUCACAUCAUUUGCUCUUUUUUUUUUUUUACACUCAAACACACCUUGCUCACGAGGACUGUGGCUCUUAGUGUUGUGUUAAACGUUUCGUGUCUCUUUACAGUAUUAUCGCAUCCCUGGGUUCUUCCACUCAUUUUACUUACUUUUUAUUUAUUUCCCUUCAUUAGCAUCCUGAUAUCAAUUUGUCAAUAACUACAAAUCCUACUGAGUACGCGUUUCAAACAAACAGCAACUGUACUGACCCCUUUUUUAUUUUUGGGCCCUUUUUUUAAUUGGUUCCCUUGUAGCAUUACGUUUCUAUAAAUAUAUAUAUUUCAUGUUUUCUCUUUCAACACUGGGCCAUACGUUCGUUAGUCCGUGAAGCCCCUUCUUCGCAGCGAUAUAUCUGGCUUUCGUGUUGAACAUGACAUGGCACUACGAUUGCAAAUCUCUAUGAAAACUCAAUUAAGACGUUACACUGCGCCUGUGUAAAACAUUCAAGUGUGCGUGUGCUUGUAAAGAGAGGGGGAAAAAAGGAUAAAAAACACUGAGGAAAUUAUACUAACUUAUUUAUGUCGAGCUUUUUCUUGUUUAUGACUAUCCAAAGUGGCAUUUCUGCUUUUUCUCAAUGUACUUCUUUUUGUAACUUUCUUUUUCUCCUUUUUUAUUCAUUUGUGCGAGGUUGCAAACUGAGCCUUUUAAGAAAUGAUGUGGACUGUGUAUUGCUUUAUAAAUGAAAUGAUUAAACCACCAAGACAUUGA